AUGCACUAAAGAUGAGAAAAAGGAUUAUUGGCUAUUAACUUUUUCUACCUGAAUAAAAAAGUAGUUUAUGUACUGACCUGGCUGCAUACAUAAUUCGGGAACCGCUACAAAUUAUAAGUAGACAGCUGUCGGACUAUCCCCUAUUUAAAGGCGCCAGAACAAAAAUAACAGUUGGCAAAUAACAUUCAACCACAGUCCGUGGAGCUAGACUAACAAGGUCCUAGUUUUUCGAAAUUUUGAACAUUUAAAUUGAUCCAUGGCGUCGUCAAUAUGUCGAGUGUGCCUAGUGAACCUCGAAAACAUGGUGAAUAUAUUCGAUACGACACAUGAAUCGGGCAUUUCCAUUGCGCUCAUGAUUUCUCGGUGCACCGAAUACAAAGUCGAGAAAGGCGAUCAAUUUCCCAAAACCAUUUGCGCGUCCUGUUUGCAGGAUGCGCACAACGCCUUUGAGAUUAUAGAAACGUACGAGAGGAGCCACCAGUUCUUCAGUUUCUUCAAGGAUGUACGGGAGGAGGAAUGCGAAGAUGCAGGAUCCAAUUGCUCCGAGGAAGGUACGAACGAAGAAGAGAGUUCAAAUGGAGACAAUGGAACCCAGAACGCAUCAAGUGGACGCAAGAGUAAAAGAACAAAUCGAUUAGAUUCGCAAUCUAUAACUGAGGGGACGGAAGAUGAACUAGAAAACACGGAUGAUGACUUUGAUGAUGAUGAUUCUAACCAUGAUAAAGACUAUGAGCCUGGCUUGGAUGAGUCUAAUAAUAAGUCCAACGACAAAUGCCCGCAUAAGUGCUCCAACUGUCCGAAGGCUUUUUUAACGAAAGCAGGACUAAAAAGACACUUUCUAACCCACAAAGGAGAACGGCCCUUCAAGUGUUCCCAAUGCCCUAAGGCUUUCAUUUAUUCUUCAGGACUUGAACGUCAUCUGCUGGGACAUACAGGAGAAAAAGCGUUCGCGUGUUCCCAAUGCUCGAAGAGAUUUCAAACUACAAAAAAACUUACAACACACAUGCGAACGCACACAGGAGAACGACCGUUCAAGUGUUCUCACUGCUCAAAUUCGUAUUUCCAUAGUUCAAGUCUUCAGAUUCACUUGCGAGCCCAUACAGGAGAACGACCAUUUAAGUGUCCCCAUUGCCCAGGGGCUUUUGCUCGGGAUUCGUAUCUUCGAGUGCACUUGCGAAUUCACACAGGAGAUCGACCUUACAAGUGUGCCCAUUGCCCAAAGACAUUCAUUCAGUAUACUGGUCUUCAAGGACACUUGAGCGCCCACACGGGAGAACGACCCUUUAAGUGUUCCCAAUGCUCAAAGGCUUUUUCAAUUCUUCCAAAUCUAAAGCGACACAUGCUAACGCACACAGGAAAAAAACCAUUUAAGUGUUCCCAUUGCUCAAAGGCUUUCGGCCAGAAGUCCACUCUUAAGAUCCACUUGCGAUGCCACUCAGAGGAAAAACUUUUCAAGUGUUCCCACUGCCAAAAAACUUUUAAGACGAAAUCAAUUCUUCGCAUACAUUUGAAAACCCACACAGGAGAACGACCUUUCAAGUGUUCCCAAUGCUCGAAGGCUUUUGCAUUCCAUCCAAAUCUUAAGCGACACAUGCUAACGCACACAGGAAAAAAACCAUUUGAGUGUUCCCAAUGCUCACAGACUUUUGCACGGAAUUUCACCCUUCAGAAUCACUUGCGAACCCACACGGGAGAAAGACCAUUCAAAUGUUCAAAAUGCACAAGUACUUUUGCCUCGAAUUCAGUUCUUUACGAACACUUGCGAACCCACACCGGAGUAAAAAAAUUCAAGUGUUCCCAUUGCCCAAAAGCCUUCACACAGAACUCAAAUCUUUGGAUGCACUUGCGAAUGCACAAAAACGAACGGUCAUUUAAGUGUUCCCAAUGUUCUAAGAGCUUCCUAACUAAACAUCAUCUUCAGCGACACCUCGCAACACAUGAUUCUGCAACUGUUCCUAGUAAAUGACAACUUUUCAGUUUAAUAAAUAUC